AUGUUCUCGAAGAUCGGUGCUAGAUCCUUUUCCACGUCUCUACCAAGAGCUCUCAAAAUCACCUCUGUUCCACCUACUGCCUCGACUGUCUCUUCCUUGAAGGUCUUAGUUAAAGGUGCCGGUGCCAAGGAUGCUCCUUCUGGUCUUGCGCAUUUACUAGCUUCCUCUGCGUUUUUGAAUACCACUUCGAAAUCCGCCUUGAGACUCAAAAGAGAGUCUGAAUUGUUGGGUGGUUCUUAUAAGUCUUCUGUGACCAGAGACGCUCUCGUUUUAGAGGCCUCCUUUUUAAAGGAAGAUUUACCCUUCUUUGUUAAUGCUUUGGGUAGUGUUCUUGCAGAGACUUCUUUUAAGCCUCACGAAUUUGACGAAUUGACUGUUCCCUUCGCUACGCACGUUGCUGAAAAGGCUGAAGGUGAUCCCUCUUUCAAAGCUCUUGAGGAAUUGCACGCUAUCUCUUACAGAAGAGGUCUAGGUCAACCUCUAUACUACGAUGGUACCAAAUCCUUCUCUUCCCACGAUAUUAGUUCUUUUGCUAAAAGUCUUUUCACAUCUGACAAGAUUGAGAUCAUUGCUGACAACGUUGUUCAGGAGGAUUUGACCAAGUUCCUCAAGGAGUCUCCGUUCUCUAAAUUACCUUCUGCUCCAAAAAACCAGACCGUUUCCAAAGCUUCCCAGAAGACUUACUCCGGUGUCGAGUCUAGAAUCAGACAAUCUGGCGAAACAGUCGCUAUUGUUGGUAUCCCAGUGGCUUCAUCAGACGUUUCUACCUACCAAUUGGUUGCUGCCGCUGUCUACUCUGCUCUUCCAGAUUCCUUUGGUGCCACUGUCAAGGCUACGGUAGUUCCAUACGAAGAGUCUGGUCUAUUUUCCGUUUCUAUCGCUUCUUGGGAUGUCUCUGAAGUCUCUGACUUGCUAAAGAAGGCCACAGCCGCUCUUGAAAAAGCUUCUGGUUCUUCAUUGGCAAAGUACAGACCUUUGGCUGCAUACCUCGCCGGUGCUGCCGGUGAAUCCGUCAAGGGUUUAGAGUCUGCUAAAACUUCUGUGAAAAUCCCAAAGUUUAACCUAGUUGUCGUUGGAGACAUAGACUCCGUUCCUCUUGCUGAUGAGUUGUAA